CAAUGAUUUCUGGUUGGAAAAUGUUGCCGCUGGCACAGGUGCUGGUGUUCCUUCUCCUCUGCCUGGAACUGCCACUGGCAUCUCCUGUAGGCAUUGAUUUCAUAUACCUUAAUUACUGCGAUCCAAAACUCUGCCCCAAUGGAGGGAAACAUGUGGCAUGCAAAGCAACGGAGAACAGACUGGGAAAGAAAUGCUCGCUGGAUGCUGAAAUAAUGCCAAUUGAUGGCAAGCAACAGGAUAUCUUGGUGAAUCGCAUCAAUGAGAUGAGGGAUAAGGUGGCACGUGGCGGUUUCAGUGGCCUGACAGCGGCUGCUAAAAUGGCCACCAUGUCUUGGGACCCGGAGCUGGCCUACCUGGCUGGCUUCAAUGUGCAGGACUGUUCGCCCCAUUUCGAUGAGUGCCGGAAUACCCUGCAAUAUGCGAACGUCGGCCAGUCGGUGGCCUAUCGUGGCCUCCUGUCGAAGCAUCGUGGGAUGCCGGAGAUCCUCGACAAUGCCAUUGGCUUGUGGUUUCGUGAGCACGAAGUCACCACCAUGGAUGACAUUUUGAAUUACAUUGGACCGCAUUUUGGCAAGCCCAGAGAGAACUUUGUACAAAUGGUCGUCGACAAUUGCAAUCGUGUGGGCUGUGCCGUUGUCCAACAGAGCAAGAACGGCUGGCUCCAGACCUAUCUGACCUGCAACUAUGCCUUCGCCCCUCAGUUGGGUCAACCCAUUUACAACAGCAGCAAGGUUCCUGGCGCAGAAUGUCAGUCUGGCCACAAUCCCACCUUCAAGAAUCUCUGCUCCGUCAGUGAAGUUUACGUGAGGAAUGUAAUACCACCGCCAGUCGAUGCACAGCAGCUGAUGCGUCUCCUGCCUGGCGGAGAGCCUCCAGCAGCUGAAGAAACGGAACCUGACUCAGAGUCCUCCUCCUAUGAUGAAUCUGAAAUGGAGCCUUUCCACCCAGGACCCCAUGACUUUGAGCCAUUGAAACAGCCAAAAUAUAAGAGAAGACCAAAAGGCCAAAAGCAGUGGGGAUUAAACUUAAAUCCAUGGGGAGGAAUUGACAAGACAACUGCAACGCCAAAAGAAGUUACAACUGCUGCGCCAGGAGGAAUCACAACAGCAGCAGCAGCAGCAGCAGGUGGAGAAAAGAUAACUUUAGCUGCUGGAGGGAAAGAGACAACGGCAGCAGCAGGGAAAGAGACAACUGUAGGAGCAGGAGGAGCACACACAACUGUAGCUGCAGGCGGAAAAGAGACAACUGUAGCAGCAGGGAAAGAGACAACUGCAGCUCCAGGAGGGAAAGAGAUAACUGCAGCAGCAGGAGGAGUCUCAACAGAAUCGCCAGGAGGAAUCACAACUGCAGCAGGAGGAGAAAUGACAACUGCAGCUGCAGGAGGGCAAGAGACAACUGCAGCAGCAGGAGGAGAACAGACAACUGUUGCCGAAGGAGGGGCAGAGACAACUGCAGCAGCAGGUGGAAAAGAGACAACUGCUGCAGCAGCAGAAGGCGCAGAGACAACUGAAGGAGGGAAAGAGACAACUGCAGCCGCCGCUGGUGGAGAAACAGAAGCACCAGCAGCACGACGCAGAUCUGUCAAGAGGCGAAGCCCUCCACUCCGUCAGAGAACCAAAGUUCAACCAAAAAAAGCAAAGGCACGAACCAAUAAAGGACAUACAAGUGGACCUAAAACUCGUACCGUCAAACGACGAAGAAGCAAAAUCCAACGGAGGGACGGGGAUGGGGAAACCACUGUAGCAGCUGAGGGCGCUACACCAGUUGGAGAAGCAGGAGCAGCCGAUGGUGGAGCAACCACUGCAGCAGGAGGAGAAGCUAACACUGAAGGAGGAGGAACCACUGCAGCAGGAGGAGAAGUAGGAGGAGUAACAACUGCAGCUGGAGAACCUACAUCUGGGGCAGGAGCAACCACUGUAGCUGGAGGAGAACCUACUGCUGUGGAAGGAGCAACUGCUGUGGGUGAAGGAGCAACCACUGUAGCAGCAGAAACCAAUGCAGCAGGAGGAGAACUUACUACUGUGGCUGGAGCAGGCACUGUAGGAGGAGCAACUACCGUGGGUGGAGUAGAACUUACCACCGUCGAAGGAGUAACCUCUUCAGGAGGAGCCACCACUGUAGCAGGAGCCACCACUGUAGCAGGAGACGCACCUGUAGCAGGAGCCACCACUGUAGCAGGAGCUGCCACUGUACCAGGAGGAGCAACCACUUUAGGAGGAGGUGAACUUAUCACUGUAGCUGGAGCAAUCACUCCAGGUGUAGGAGGACUUUCCACCGUACUCGGAGUAACCACCGUAGGUGGAGGAGUAGCCACAGUAGGAGGAGCUCAAGGAGCAUCAACGCCGUUACCUGAUUUGGCGAAUGUACAGCAGCAGAUUCCUCCGCUCCCUGGCGGACAACCUCCACCAGAAAAUGUAAAGAAACCUACUGCUGUAACUGAAAAGGAUAACAUUGACGAUUCCUAUGCUUUGGAGGAAAUGGAAGAUGAAGUUAAAGCAGAAGAGAAAAUGGAAAAGGAAAAGGCCAACGAUGGGCAGGCGAUAGAGGAUAGAGCCGCAAUUCAAAGAAAAUUCGCACGAUUUUUGGCCAUGGUACGGAAGGCAAAGGUGCUCAAUAAGCGUGGCAAGGUAAUGAUCGUGACCACAAACCAUGAGGUGGAGUACAACAGCAGGAAGGUGCAAGAACGAUCGGCUAGAAGGAGAGCCGCCAGACGUCUGCAAAAACGAACGCGAGCAGUCGACAGAGCCCGUCGUAUGCGUAGAAGCCGCAGCAGGCGACAUCGCGGCAAGAGAGCCAUGAGACGUAGCUACCAAAACCAACCCAGGAAAAACCAGCCACGUAGUCGUCGCCUUCGUCGUCAGCAUGCCAAAACCAGAGCCAAAGGCGAUGCACGCUGGAAUGUUGUGGGCUGAACGCGUUGCAGUUGUUCCAGAGCCUCCAUUUUCAUGAAUGAAUCCGAAGUUAAAGUAAAGGGAAAUGGUGUACGCUCCACUGCAUAAAA